GCAGGGGUCAGUGUGACAUGGGGUAGGGCUCAGAGGAGCCAGUGAGAAGGAUCUGUAGUUCAAAGAAGGAGCAGCUAAUUUCUAAGCUGAAGACACAUAAAUGUCACACCGAGAGGGGGAUAUCAGCCACAUUAAGUGGGGACAGGACUUCCCAUUUAAAGAUCACGUUAAAGACCAGGUAUCAAGACAGAAAUGAUGCACUUCUGCCCGGUAUUCACCCUUCUCACAGCAGCUGGAACUCUAACCACUGUAAUCGCAACAUCAGCACAAGAUCAGGAAGUCAAGCAAACAAGCUGGGUGAACAGAGACACUGACAACGCAUCCUUUGUGGUUUUUCUGAACUCAGAGGCUGAGCUAUGCUUGGGGACCCUGAUCCACAAGCAGUGGGUUCUCACUGCAGCUCACUGCUUCUUACCAUUUCUUCAGAUCCAGAUUCCUGCUUCAGAAGCUUCAAAUUUUCAGAAUACAGAAUUGAAACAUGAGUUAGUUGUCAAACACCCCAAUUUCACCCAGGACUCCGUUGAACAUGACCUCAUGCUCAUCAAGCUGCAACGCCCCCUCAAGCCCAGUGAUGGGCAGAAGCUGGCCAUUCUGCCUAAUACCACAGAUGACAAACCCGGGACCACCUGUACUGUCUUUGGUUGGGGCUGGACAUGGAAGGAAUACAACCUAGAUCCCAAUAUCCAGAUAAGCCAAGUUGUUGUUUGGCUCUCGAAUAGAGACUGCGGCGAAGACUUCUCUUCCAGACAAACUUCUAGCCUGGCCUCAGACAAUGUGUUCUGUGCUGGGUCAUCGCUGAGCACCACACACUUGUGUUCGGAAAUCACUGCUGCUCCAGUCCUGUGCCAAAAUCAGCUCCAAGGGAUCCUGUCCUGGUCAGAAGGGUGUGUUCUGAAAGGCAACAGGGGCCACUACACUAAGGUAUCUCACUAUGUAGACUGGAUCUUUGAAGUCAUUCAUACCCAUUGACCUCCUUCACUUCCUUUUCCUGGUGCCUCAGAACUGGCCUCAUCAGCCUCAAUCUUCAGUUUCCUCCAGCUUAGACCAAGAGAGGAAUAAAGUCUUUGGCUG